ACAGAAACAGGGAACCAGAGCCUUUCAGUUGGGAGGAAUAGAAAAGGCAUAUUUUCCAUUCUGUCAUUUUAUAGAUGAAGAAACAGAAGCUGAGGAAGAGUUUGUCCUAGAACAUAGUCCAGGAAACAGGACACCAUUUUUCCAUGGAUCAGGACACACCCCUGAGUCAAGCCAACAGGAAAACGUUGUGCUUCCUUGUGUGAAUCUCUACACAAGGACCCUGAGAAAAGCCACAGAUGAACAUGACUAGUGUCCGUUGCAAGCUGGCCCGUUACCUGGAGGAUCUGGAGGAUGCAGACUUUAAGAAGUUCAAAAUGCACUUACAAGACUAUCCUUCUCAGAAAGGGUGCCGACCACUCCCUCGGAGUCAGACAGAGAAAGCCGACCACAUGGAUCUGGCCACUCUGAUGAUUGACUUCAAUGGUGAGGAGAAGGCAUGGGCCAUGGCAGUGUGGAUUUUUGCUGCAAUCAACAGGAGAGACCUUUAUGAGAAAGCUAAGAGGGAUGCACCAGAGUGGGAUAAUGUAUAUGUGGUAUGCCAGGAAGAAAGCCUUGAAGAAGAGUGGAUGGGUUUAUUGGGGUACCUAACCAGAAUCUCUAUUUGUAAAAAAAGGAAAGAUUACUGUAAGAAGUACAAAAAACACGUGAGGAGCAGAUUCCAAUGUAUUAAAGACAGGAAUGCCCGUCUAGGUGAGAGUGUGAACCUCAACAAACGCUACACCAGGCUGCGUCUUGUCAAAGAACACCAGAGCCAACAGGAGAGGGAGCAUGAACUCCUGGCCAUUGGCAGGACUUCAGCCAGGAUGCUGGACAGCCCUGUGAGUUCCCUGAAUAUGGAAUUGCUGUUUGAGCCUGAUGACCAACACUCAGAGCCUGUUCACACGGUGGUAUUCCAGGGAGCGGCAGGCAUUGGGAAAACAAUACUGGCCAGGAAGAUCAUGUUGGAUUGGGCAUCAGAGAAAAUUUACCAGGACAGGUUUGACUAUUUGUUUUAUAUCCACUGUCGGGAGGUAAGCCUCGGGACACGGAGGAGCCUGGGGGACCUGAUUGUCAGCUGCUGCCCUGAUCCAAACCCACCCAUAUAUAAGAUUGUGAGCAAGCCUUCCAGGAUUCUCUUCCUCAUGGAUGGCUUCGAUGAGCUGCAGGGUGCCUUUGAUGAGCACACAGAGACUCUAUGCACAAACUGGCAGAAGGUGGAGCGGGGAGACAUUCUCCUGAGCAGCCUCAUCAGAAAGAGGCUCCUUCCUGAGGCCUCUUUACUCAUCACCACAAGACCUGUGGCUCUGGAGAAACUGCAGCAUUUGCUGGACCGUCCCCGUCAUGUGGAGAUCCUGGGUUUCUCAGAGGCCAAAAGAAAGGAAUAUUUCUUUAAGUAUUUUUCAGAUGAGCAACAAGCCACAGAGGCCUUCAGGCUGAUUCAGGAGAAUGAGGUCCUCUUCACCAUGUGCUUUAUCCCCUUGGUCUGCUGGAUUGUAUGCACUGGGUUAAAGCAGCAGAUGGACAGUGGCAAGAGUCUUGCCCAGACAUCCAAGACCACCACUGCUGUGUAUGUCUUCUUCCUCUCCAGUUUGUUGCAGUCUCAUGGAGAGAACCAGAAACACCAAGUCUCUGCCAACAUCCGGGGUCUCUGCUCACUGGCUGCAGAUGGAAUCUGGAAUCAGAAAAUCCUGUUUGAAGAGUGUGACCUUAGGAACCAUGGCCUUCAGAGGGCUGAUGUGUCUGCUUUCUUGAGGAUGAACCUAUUCCAAAAAGAAGUGGACUGUGAGAAAUUCUACAGCUUCAUUCACAUGACUUUCCAGGAGUUCUUUGCUGCCAUGUACUACCUGCUGGAAGAGGAGGAACAGGGAGAGUUGAGGCACCUGCCAUGGAGAAGUUCCAAGCUUCCCAACCGAGACGUGACUGUCCUUCUUGAAAACUACGGCAAAUUUGAAAAGGGAUAUCUGAUCUUUGUUGUCCGUUUCCUCUUUGGCCUUGUAAACCAGGAGAGAACCUCCUACUUGGAGAAAAAACUGAGUUGCAAGAUCUCUCAGCACAUCAGGCUGGAACUGCUAAAAUGGAUUAAAGAGAAAGCCAAGGCCAAGAAUCUUCAAAUCCAGCCCAGCCAGCUGGAAUUGUUCUACUGUUUGUAUGAGAUGCAAGAGGAGGAUUUUGUACAAAAAGCCAUGGGCCAUUUCCCCAAAAUUGAGAUCAGUCUCUCCACCAGAAUGGACCAUGUGGUUUCUUCCUUUUGUAUUGAGAACUGCCACAGCGUGGAAUCACUUUCCCUGAGGCUGCUUCAUAACUCCUCAAAGGAGGAGGAGGAGGAAGAGGAGGAAGAAGGGGAAAUGCAGCUCUCUGAGGUGGAUCACUGUGUCCGCCUAGAUCCUCAUGCUGCCUGUACUCACCGGUUGGUGAAUUGUUAUGUCACUCUCAGCCUUUGGCAGGGGCUUUUCUCAGUCCUAAGCACUAACUCACUGAACCUCACUGAACUGAACCUCAGUGACAAUGCUCUGGGGGACCCAGGGGUACAGGUGUUAUGUGAAAUGCUCCAGCGACCCGGCUGUAAUAUUCGGAGACUGUGGUUGGGGCGGUGUUGCCUUUCCCAUCACUGCUGCUUCAACAUCUCCUCAGUCCUGAGCAGCAACCAGAAGCUGAUGGAAUUGGAUCUGAGCCACAACACCCUGGGAGACUUUGGAAUUAGACUUCUUUGUGUGGGGCUGAGGCAUCUAUUCUGCAAUCUGAAGAAGCUUUGGUUGGUCAGUUGCUGUCUCACAUCAGCAUGUUGUGAGGACCUUGCAUCCGUCCUGAGCACCAACCAGUCCCUGACCAGACUCUACUUGGGGGAAAAUGCCUUGGGAGAUGCAGGAGUUGGAAUUCUAUGUGAAAAAGCAAAGCAUCCACAAUGUAAGCUGCAGAAACUGGGGUUGAUGAAUUCUGGCCUUACAUCAGGUUGUUGUCCAGCUUUGUCAUCAGUGCUCAGCACUAACCAGAAGCUCACACACCUUUACCUACGGGGCAAUUCUCUUGGAGACACGGGAGUUAAGCUACUCUGUGAGGGCCUCUUGCACCCCAACUGUAAGCUUCAGAUAUUGGAAUUAGAUGGCUGUAGCCUCACCUCACACUGUUGCUGGGAUCUUUCCACACUUCUGACCUCCAAUAGGAGCCUGCGGGAAUUGAGCCUGGGCAGUAAUGACCUGGGUGAUCUAGGGGUCAUGCUGCUCUGUGAAGUGUUAAAACAGCAGGGCUGCCUCCUAAAAAGCCUGAAGUGUGGAGAAGUGAGAAUGAGCACUCCCCCAACCAAGGUGAAGACCAUCACUCCACGACUCCUCUGGUCCAGGGUGGGACAGCGAAAUCUUGCCGAUGGUGUGUUUUACAAGAGAAGCAUCUCCUUUCCCCUGGCUUGAAGACACCAGGACAAUGAAAUCAUCCAAAUGAGGUGGUUCUCAUUAUAGAACCUUAGAGGAUAUGUUCCUGUUGGUGACCUCAUAUAACUAACUCAUGUAAUAAAGCACUUUUUCUGUUUUUCUCUUCUUACUCUCUCUAAAUCUCCUUUCCCUCAUACCCUUUUUACCCAUCUUUGUUCUGUUUACCUUCACCCAUAUCAUCAUUGUCACACACUCCUAUCUUUCUGACUAUAACAGAACUAGUAAACUAUAUGCUAUGUUGCAGUUUUGUAGCAGCAACUUAUUUAUUUUUAAUUUUUGUAACAGUUAUAUUUUCUAAUAAAAUAAUUCA